AUGUUGCGGGAUUCUGGUCUUGAAGAACAGCGGAGCACUGACCUUGAGUUUACGGCUUCUCAAGUUAUUAUCAAUGCAAUCAAAUGCUUUUUAAAAAUUUCUAAUGACAGACAGAACUCAUGUGGAUCAGCUGGGAACAGAGUUGGGCAGGGCCCUUUUAAAAGGGAAUAUAGUGAGUGUGCACUAUAUUGGUUUACAAACCAAGGAACAGUGAUCCAUUUUAACCACCCCAAAAUUCAGGCGUCUCUGGCAGCAAACACCUUCACCAUUACAGGCCAUGCUGAGACAAAGCAGCUGACAGAAAUGCUUCCCAGCAUCCUAAACCAACUUGGAGCAGACAGUCCGACUAGUUUAUGGAGACUGGCUGAAGCUCUGCCCAAACAAUCUGUGGAUGGAAAAGCACCACUUGCUACUGGAGAGGAGGAUGAUGAUGAAGUCCCAGAUCUGGUGGAGAAUUUUGAUGAGGCUUCUAAGAACGAGGCAAACUGAAUUGAGGAGACUUCUAAAGAAGGAGACACUUGCAGAAGUCACAGGAGCUGCUAUUUUCUAUCAUGACUGCUUUUUAAAAUUCUCUUGUUUAUGGAUCUGAUAAAAAUCUAAAUCUCUAAUUUUUAAGCCCAAGCCCCCUGGAUACUGAAGCUCUUUUCAGUUUUUGCUUAAACACAAUUAAUUCUUUGCAGCAAAUAAAGCUGAGGAAGCCUGGGAAUAAAGUUUGGAAAGAGGUUAAUAAAUUCUUUUCCUAGUUAAAAAGACAGGACAGUACAGAUAUCUGAAUACUAACAAAAGUCAGUGGGAAUUUAAUCUUUGGGCUUUAAGACAGCUAGGGUAUCUAACUCCAGUUUAGUCAUUCAGUAAUUUCAUUGUGUUACCAUAAAAUUAUAUACAUAUUUUUAUAAGGAGCAAUUUAUUGGGAUACUAGCCUUUUUCCCCCUUUGGUUAUUUUGAGACAGGGUUUUUUUUCUGUGU